CUGCUAAUGAGGAGGAGCUAGCUGCAGAUGUUGACUCUGCUUGCGGACUGACUAGCCGAAGUUUGUCUCACAAGUCGGAAACACGGCACAUGUGUCGCUGCACGCUCCACUGGAAAGAGAAAGGGAAAAAGAAGACAGCACAACGAAGAUUAAUCCAGUGGAGAAUUCAACAAUGCCCUUUGAGACCGGCAUAGUCUUAUUAGCCUUCCAGUGACACUCCCACGUCGCUUUCCACUUGUCUUGGUUCACACCCCUCUUUUCAUUUUAUCCAGUAUUUAUUUGUUCUAUUCUGUCACCUUGGCUCAGUUCCUGGUGCUGCAGUCUGUCGUCUUUAUUACUCCCCCGUCACUUCGUCCUGUUACCUCUGAGUUGAGGCUGAAGGAGAAUGGUUGCUGAGGUGGAUUCAGUUUCUCAAGGCAGCGGUGUUCGGCUGAAGCAGGAGAUUUCCCUCCUCCAUGGGGUCUGUCUCAUCGUGGGAAAUAUGAUAGGCUCUGGCAUCUUUGUCUCACCUAAGGGUGUCCUUAAGUACACGGGUUCAUUUGGCCUGUCGCUGGUAGUGUGGGCCAUUGGAGGGAUUUUUUCUGUGUUUGGAGCAUUAUGCUAUGCUGAGCUGGGUACCACCAUCCAUAAAUCUGGAGCCUCCUAUGCCUACAUCCUGGAGGCCUUUGGAGGUUUCUUGGCUUUUAUACGACUGUGGACGUCGUUGUUGAUAGUCGAGCCAGCUUGUCAGGCAGUGAUAGCCCUGACCUUCUCUAACUACCUGGUCCAGCCCUUCUACCCCACCUGUAUAGCCCCCUAUGACGCCGUCCGCCUCAUUGCUGCUGUGAUCAUAUGUCUGCUGACUUGUGUGAACUGUAUGAAAGUGAAAUGGGGCGCUAUUCUUCAGGUCAUCUCCACUGUGGCCAAGGUCCUAGCUCUUAUUGUCAUCAUCAUUACUGGGCUGGUUAAGCUGGCACAAGGAUUCGACCAGAACUUUGAGGACUCAUUCAAGGGCUCCAAGCUGAACCCAGGUGACAUGGCCCUGGCCCUCUAUUCAGCACUGUACUCCUACUCUGGCUGGGACACACUCAACUUCAUCACGGAGGAGAUUAAAAACCCAGAGAGGAAUCUGCCCUUGUCGAUCGCUAUUUCCAUGCCCAUUGUCACAGUGAUCUACAUCUUGACCAACGUUGCUUACUACGUCGUCAUGGAUGCAGACCAAGUGCUGAGCAGCGAAGCUGUUGCUGUGGUGAGUAUCUGCCUAUUAUUGUGGGGCUCAGAAUAAAUUUUGUGCAUUCUC